UGCGAGGGCGAAGCGCGGGGAAAGGGGAAACGGUUAAGAAUAGAAUGCGAAAUGUACGAAGAAAGUCGAACAGACUGUGGACUCGGCUGUAUAAACAUUGCGUUAUUGUGGAACAAGUUUGGACAGUGGAAUUCAAAAAUUAUCGCAAAUUUUCUGGGAGAGAGACGCGUCGCGGUGUGUCAUUCAUGACGCUAUCACGCAGUGAAACGGGAAACGGUCGCUAAACCACCACGGCAGCAGAAAAUACAGUGGAACAGAACAGGAUUGUGAGACACGCCUGAUUGAGCGACGCUCGCCUGUGAUCAGAAACAGGUUAGCGUCCAACCAAAUAUCAUCUCAAUCCUGUGUUUAUCUUCGAGUCUCAUAAAUAGAGAGGAGUCAUCACGUCGAAUACGUUCCCGAAGAUAGCCGAACGAUACUCUGGAUCCCCAAAAGCCAUUUCCAAAAGAAAAGUCAAACACAUCCCAAAUGACAAAUACAAUGGGUGGAACUCACUUAUGUACACCACAGUCCAUCUUUCAACAAAUGAUGAAUCAACAGAAUCCACAGCAACAGCAACAGGUUGGACCCUGGAUGCAAAUACCACAAGUGCCACCGAUAACUAUGCCAUGGAGUGUACCAGCGUUGCAACAGUCGGAAUUAGUUAGGUUUACUGGAGAGACCAGUUCUGGACCAAUACUCCAUCAGAAAAGAAAGCUGGAAGCACCUGAUGUUGUAGAUAUGCGUCAAACGAAGCAGUUCAUAACAGAGGAAAAGAUAACUGCACAUUUCAAAGAUCUGCACAUUAGUUCUAAUCGUGAAUCUGAGAACUCGGUACCAUCAACUUCCACUGCUCACAUAUCAACUUCCUGUCAUAAGCAAUUGGAUAUGGAUCUGGAUGUUGAUGCGACAAACGCAAUACAUAAUGAGCAAAGAAGUGACUUACAUCCGAGAUUGGUUCUUUCAGAAGAACUCAAGCGAAUGCAAGACGAACCUAUUCUACCAACGACUCUUAUAUCUAAAUUAGAGAGACCUUCUAUGGCUCUGGUUCUUUGGGAACCACCAAAUAGGCAUCUUCGCAUACUUCCAACGAGAGAUACUCCAACGCCAAUUCCAAAUACAUCCGACAAUAAUAAUAACAACAAUAAUAACGAUACUAUUCCCGAUCUAAAUAAUGUAUUAUCCAAUACUACAUCAACGUUCGAGCCAAUGGAAUUAUGAGAAUCUCUGGUUAGUACAGUACGUUUUAUCUACACAUCCAUUUAAAA